AAUAGCGUUAGUAGUAGCAGCAUAUAAGUGUAAUGCUGUAUAUUCGGUUAAUUUAAUAUCUCACUAAAAAGAGUAACAAAGCUGAGAUAGGAGAGAUCUUGCAAGAGAGGGGCUCACUACCGUACCUAAACGUUUAUAGUCUGUAGUAUAUGUUACUAACUUAGUUGCAGCUGGCUGGCUUUGGACUCGAGUACGUCGGACGAUCAUCAUUUGCGGAGCUUCAAUUGUUGCGGACGCGGUCACCCGGAACAGCAACGAUGAGUCGAUACUUCACAAGACUGAAAAUGAAACGAUGUUACAAGUGGGGAGGAAGGCCCUCUUUGUGCAACAGGAAAUUCAAAAGUUGUUAUUAUGAUUCCCUGUACGUGAGCACAGAUGGCCAGCGUGAUGCCUGCCUCAUACAAACUGGUCAGCACAUUUUGGUAGAAGGAGAUGAUGAUGACAAACCAUAUGUUGCGAAACUUCUCAAGCUGUUUGGAGACGACAAGGGGAAGUGGGCUGAGGUGCAGUGGUUUGUGCAUUUCAGUGAAGUACCUUACAACAGAAGGAAGCUACUGGGCAGAACGCCUCACCCGCAGGAGAUCUUCCUUUACGAGGAUCGCACCUGUGACGGCGAAAUAGAUGCCGAAACCAUCAUAGGCUCUGUGGAGGUGGAGCACCUGCCACCGGAUGCCAGCUUCCCUGAGACGGGUCAGAAAGGGACACUUUACUUCAAACUCUGCUGGGACACAAAAGCUUUCAAGGUGGUGGAUGCAGAGGGACGGCACCUGGAUGAUAAGACUCCGCUGGUCUCCGUCUCAGUAGCUCCCACGACCCGUGUCCUGCCCACUCCGGAUGCGACGGUGAUGAAACGGGCUCUUUCCGUAACACUCAGUCGGGUGUCUGCCAGCGCAGGCAAGUUAGCUGCCAGCGAGGUAGAGUCCGGCCACUCGGCCUCCAAGCUCUCGGCCUCCAAGUUUCUGAGUCGCAGGCGUCGCGGCAGCUGUGACUCCACUCCAGGGGUGCGCAAAAAACUGGAUCUCAACAGUCCCAACAAGAAGCUGACUACCGAUGAUGUGCUGGGAGAAUUGCUGAAUGAGGAGAUUGAGUCCCAGACAGAGAUGGCUAGGAAGCUGCAAUCCACCCCAUCCAAACUGCCUCUCCAGGAGUUUAAUUUGUCUCCAUUAAAGUCUUCAAACAGGCCCUCAAAUGGCAUGAGCAUGACCCCACUGAGGAGCCAGAGACCCCCGAGUCCCAGUCCUCAUACACCUCCUGACCACACGUCUGCCAAAGCUCGGACUCCUUCCCAGAAAAAGGACCCCGUUUCCGCCAUUAAAGAGCCAGCUCUAGGGUCUCUGGCGGAGGAAUUGCCAGAGGUAUCUGAACAGACAGAUAUUACUCCACGCUCAAAGAGGAAAUCUGCUCGAUUGGUCUCCUCACGUAUCAGGAAACAGUUGAACCUGUUAAAUGCAGGUGAGGACCAAGUCUUUGAAGACGACAGUGGCGAUGAAUGCUUCGUUCCGUCGAAGAAAGAUGCAGGAAGCACCAGUGAGGAUGAGGAGAGCGGGCAAGCAGAGAGUGAGGACGAGGGGAUCUCUGUGAAGAAAAGGCGGCUUGCUGCCAGCUGCCGUACCCCCAGGUCCAGUCGGAAAGCUCCUGCCUCAGCCAGAACACCCCAUAAAAGCUCAAGUAAAAAGGUUGUCUCAAAUAAGCCUCGGACUCCCCGUCAUGCAACUCCCGGCAUCCCUAGCAGAUCUCUCCCAGCCAGGAAACCUGGCAACGUACUGGAGGAGGCCAGAGCAAGACUUCAUGUGUCCUCAGUACCUGACUCGCUGCCCUGUCGAGAGCAGGAGUUCCAAGACAUAUACAGCUUCGUUGAAAGCAAGAUCGUGGGUGGAAAUGGAGGUUGUAUGUACAUCUCUGGUGUGCCAGGCACUGGGAAAACUGCCACCGUGCACGAGGUUAUCCGUUGCCUUCAGCAUGCAUCUGAGCAGGAUGAGCUACCUUCCUUCCGCUUCAUCGAGAUCAAUGGAAUGAAGAUGACUGACCCACAUCAGGCCUAUGUACAGAUACUUCAGAAACUGACAAACCAGAAGGCCACUGCUGACCAUGCUGCUGCACUUCUAGAGAAACGUUUCAGCAACCCAGCACCUCAAAAAGAGACAACAGUUCUCCUGGUAGAUGAGCUUGAUCUGUUGUGGACUAAGAAGCAGAAUGUGAUGUACAACCUGUUUGACUGGCCAACACGACGAUAUGCUCGCCUUGUAGUCCUGGCCAUUGCCAAUACCAUGGACCUUCCAGAGAGGAUCAUGAUAAACCGUGUGGCUAGUCGACUGGGCCUGACACGGAUGUCCUUCCAACCGUAUAGCUUCAAACAGCUGCAGCAGAUCAUCACAUCUCGGCUGAACCAGGUCAAGGCCUUUGAAGAGGAUGCGGUUCAGCUGGUGUCCAGAAAGGUGGCAGCCCUGUCUGGAGAUGCCCGCAGAUGCUUGGACAUCUGCAGGCGUGCUACGGAGAUCUGCGAGCACUCCAGCAGUCGGCAACCUGGAUCGGGGCUGGUUGGCAUGGCCCAUGUCAUGGAGGCCCUAGAUGAGAUGUUCUCUUCCUCUUACAUUAGUGCUAUCAGGUGUGCGUCCACCCAAGAGCAGCUUUUUCUGCGGGCUGUCAUUGCUGAGUUCCGCAGACUGGGUUUGGAGGAGGCUACCUUUCAACAAGUGUUUGUACAGCAUCGGGCUCUGUGUCGGAUGGAGGGUCUGCAGCCCAUCAGUGUGUCCGAAGGCCUUGCCGUCUGUCAGCGCCUGGGUACUUCUCGUAUACUGUUGCUGGAGCCCAGCCGACUUGACCUGCUGCUUCGUGUGCGGCUCAACGUGAGCCAGGAUGACGUACUGUAUGCGCUCAAGGAAGACUAAGGGGGCUUUUGAUUAUUUCAAGUUUUGGAGUAUUCGAACUCAUUAGCUUCUGUUAGAGCCACGUUCUCGGCAAAGUCAUAUUGUGGCUGUGAAAAUUUUUGCUGGUGCUGUGCAUUUUUAAAAAGCACAUUAAAAUAAUGUUUGUGGUAUAAUUUUAAAACUCUCUUCUGAAAUUGAAUGAUACGUGCAGAAAAGCCAGUGAUUUGAGUGUAUUGUGUUGCUGAAUCGAUAUUUUAAAGACCCUUUUUCUCUUCCAUGUUAUCAUUGACUU